GAAGUUUGCGCUCCAACAAAAAGAAAUUCGCGAAUUUUGUGCGAAUCCUUUGGAAUUCGCGUUUCCGCGUUCUAGAGCGGGAGCGUCGACCCCUCCUCCACGAAUUAUGUGACCUAAAACGUACAUAUAUAAUAUAAAAAACACGUAGCUCAUUAGGGUUAACAAUUUGAGAUUUAAGUUCUUCCGUUUCUGGACCAGCCACCCGAAGUUUGAUGAAUUACUAAGGACGGCGUGGAAGAGCAGGGUAUCAGGGCCACCAAUGAUUAAGGUUUAUAAGAAGUUGCGAAUUCUUAAGAAUCUAUUGAAGAAAUUGAAUCGUGAGGAAUUCUCUGAAAGAAGGGAGAGGGUUAAGGUGAAGGAGGCUGAACUUGAAGAAAUUCAGCGUGAAGCUCUCUCAGCUCCAACAAGUGAGAAUUUUAAGAAAGAAUCCACUGCUUCUAGGGAGUUAUAUGAGCUGCUUCAGGCGAAGGAGUCGUUCUUAAGACACAAGUCAAGGGAUCUUUGGCUUAAAGGGGGUGAUUCAAAUAGUCCAUAUUUUCAUAUGUCUCUGAAAAUGAGGCAAAGGAGGAAUAUGAUUACUAUGCUCAAAGAUGAAGAGGGGAAUAAGGUCACAGACCUGCACAGGAUGGGAGAUAUUGCUGAAAGUUUUUACAAACGUUUGCUGGGCAGGAAAGAUCCUUAGGUGAUUGAUGAAUCUAAUGAGUUCUAUACUGAACUCAUAAGGAAGACUAUUUCUAGUGAUGAUGGUCUCUGUGCUUCUAUUACGGAGGAGGAGGUCAAAGGAGUUCUGUUUGCUAUGAAUGGGGACAAAAUUCCAGGCCCUGAUGGAUAUUCUGCAGCUUUUUCCAACAUGUUUGGCCAGUGAUUGGGGCAGAGGUAACUCUUGCUAUUCAAACUUUCUUUUCUGAAAGUAGGAUGCCUAGGGAAGUGAAGGAUACUAUUUUAACUCUAGUGCCUAAGAUCCAGAAUCCUGAUGAAAUGAGGUUUUUAAGGCCAAUCUCCUGUUGUAACACUAUUUACAAGGUCAUUGCUAAGAUCAUUGCAAAUAGACUCCGAGUUCAGUUACUUCACCUAAUUAGUCUGAAUCAAACUGCAUUCAUUAAAGGAAGAUCAAUUGGGGAUAACAUUCUGCUUGCACAUGAGCUUGUUCAUAAGUAUGAACAGAAAAAUGUCUCUCCUCGCUGUGCGCUUAAAAUUGAUUUAAUGAAAGCCUUCGAUUCUAUUGAUUGGCUUUUCAUUUGUAAAGUUUUAAAGCACAUGGGGUUCCCUGAACAGUUCAUAAGUUGGAUUAGGAUGUGUGUGAGCACACCUAUGCUAAGCGUGGGGUUUAAUGGAGGGUUAGUGGGGUAUUUCCCUGCUUGUAAAGGUUUUAGAUAAGGAUGUCCGAUCUCCCCGUAUCUGUUUGUCAUUGCCAUGGAGAUUUUUUCAUGUAUGCUUGAUAAAUAAGCACAGAAGGGGUACUUUCCCUACCACCCAAUGUGUAAGAGGAUUGGUUUAACUCACCUAUGCUUUGCUGAUGAUCUGCUAGUUUUCUCUGAUGGUUCUAACUAUGGUUUCCAACGAUUGAUUGAGAUUCUAGCUCGUUUUAGAAAACUUUCUGGUCUGCAAGUAAAUCCCAGUAAAUGUGAACUUUUUUUUUUUAGGGGGGGGGGGGUGUUGCCUGGUCCUGAACAGAAAGUGAGGGCUGAUAGGUAUGGGUUUGCUUUGGGAAAGUUUCAUGUUCGGUAUUUGGGAGUUCCCCUCUCCUCGGGGAAGCUCUCUAUUUCAGCAUGUAAGCCCCUAAUUGAUAAGAUUGUUGCUCGGAUUAGUAGCUGGAAGUCUCGUUUCUUGUCAUAUGUUGGUAGGGUGGAGCUUGUUUGUUCAGUACUAUACAGCUUGCACCAGUUUUGGAUGGCUGUCUUUAUUCUUCCAAAGGCACUAAUCCGUGAAGUGGAAGGCAUUUGUAGUAACUUCUUGUGGCGUGUUGGUCAAAGUGGUAGAAUGAAAGCGAAGAUAGGCUGGAAGCAUCUCACUUACUCCAAGAAGGAGGGGGGACUGGGGUUGAGGGACUUAGAAACUUGGAAUAUUGCUUGUGCUACUCGACAUAUAUGGCUUCUGUUAUUGCAACAUGGUUCUUUGUGGGUUGCAUCGAUCAAUGUUUAUAAACUGAAAGGCCAAGAUUUUUUUGGCUAUAUGGAGGUAGUUCUGGUUCAUGGAACUGGAAACGGAUUCUGAAAACAAGGCAAAAGGUCUGUGCAUUCUUCCAUCAGCAGGGGCAGGAUGUUUACUGGGAUCAAGAAAGAAUGGAGACUUUUUCAAUUAGGAGAGUCUGGGAGACGUACGUUAAGGCCAAAAAGGCAGCACGUAGCUUGGUCUAACCUAUUAUGGAAGGGAAACUCCAUCCCUCAUAAUAGGUUCAUUGCUUGGUUAAUCUUGAAUAGAGCGGUUACUACAAAAGAGAAGAUGUUCAAAUGGGAAUUUGAUGGUAGUCUGGGUUGUGUGUUUUGUAAUUGCUCGUUGGAAACUUCGGAUCAUUUGUUUGCAGAAUGUUUGAUGUACAGGAAAAUGAUUUGCAAGCUGCUUGGCAUGGGAUCAGGGGUGUUUACCUCUCUGGAUAACGAGUUGGCUUGGUUACAGCAGGUUUUUGGGUCUCAAACAGUAAAGUCUCAAGUGGGACGAGCUAUGUGGCAAAGCUUGGUGAGCGUGGUGUGGCGAGAAAGGUGCAACAGAGUUCAUUCGGGUCAGUGUAGGGACUGUGAUGUAAUGUGCAAGGUUGUAAGGGAGGAAGUUAUAGGACUGUUUGGUAAAAUAUAUAUGAUUCCUUUUGUGUUUCGUAGUAUACAGGUGGAAGUUUUGGUUUUGUUAAUCCUUAACUAGCAAGGGUGUUGCUAGUACUACUUUUGAUGAAAUGAAAGCAAUCCGAUUCAUAAGAAAAAAACAAUUUGAGAUUUUUUCAUUUUCCUCCUCUACCCACUAAAGUAAAGGGGAGGGAGAAACCGUUGGGAUGUGUUGCUUUCUUGAUCCUCAUUUAUAUUAGGUUUUCAUGGUACCGGACUGAAUAUUGGAGGAGCCUCUUUCGAUUCAGUUGGGGUGUUUGCGCUUUAAUGGAAAUGAGGUGUCUCUUUAGAUUGAUGUUUCUCUCCAUAUCUUUCUAUUAAAAGAGAAGGCCAAAUACACUUGUGUUCCAAAACUAUGAUGAUUUUGCCAUAUAUAGCCAAUUUUGGGGAAAUACCAAAAAUAGCUAGAAUUUUGAAAGUUGGAUGACAAUCCGCCGGCGCCAUCCUCUUUGCUUCAUCUUGUCCGUGAUCAAAACCCAGAAUCGAUUGUUCUCUUCUAGCUCAAAUCGGCGAUUCUGGAGGGAGAGAUCGCGCGACGAUGAUGAUACUGCAACAACGAUGAAGAUCUGGGUGCGAUGGCAUAGGGGCGGAUCGAUGGUGGCCGAUAGUGGGAGACGAUGGCGAGCAGCGUAACAGGGGAAGAUCGAUUCGGGGCGAGUUAACUGGUUGGAGAAGAUGAUGAGAAGGUGAGGGUGUUCUGACGGGUUCGAUUUGAAGGGGAAGGAAGAGGAUGAUGAUUUAGGGAACGAGAAUGGUGGUUGACGGACUUUCUUUGAAUUGUCGGAGACUUGGUUUGGGGACGGUAAGGGGAAGGAAGGAGAUAAUUUGGGGAACGAAGAUUUAGUUAGGGUAGGGAUGGGGAAGGAAGAGAGAUGGAGAGAGAGAAAAGAAAAAAAUAGUUAAUUAUUUUUUUUUACUAUUUAAUUACAAUCCACGUGGAAAAUAUAUACUGGACAAAAAUCGCCAGAUCGGAUGAUCCGUUAGUCCAGUCAGCAUGUUAACUAACACCGUCAAACAAUUGGACGGAAGUGACUAUUUUUGGUAUUUCGCCAAAAAUGGCUAUAUUUGGCAAAACCGUCAAAAUUUUCGCUACACAAGGUAUUUGGCAAAAAGAAAAUGUUGGGGAGUCUUGCUCUUACUAUCAAGUAUUAACUACAUCAAGUAUCAAUUAGUGGACCAACCUUGUAUGUAAUGGUAACAUUGAGGAUUGCGUGCAAUACUUGAAUCAGAUUAUGAUCUCAGUACGUUCCAACACGCUAAUGAAUAUAAAAUAAGGUGUUCUCAAUUUUAUGUUUGUGGACAACAUCAGCACGUUUUGAUUCUACGGGUCUUUUGUAUUGACAUCAGCACGUGUCGUUUGGAUGAGUAAUUGUAACGGAUCAAUUUGACAUAAUUGUCUCGUUUUGAGACAGUUGUACUAAAUUGUCUCGUUUGCCAGCAAAAAAUUUGGAUGGAUCAAUCUGCCUGAGGUAUUUUGAAUUAAUCCGUUUUGAGUCAAUUUCAAUUACCUGGGGUGGGGUCAGGUAAUUCGAAUUGACUUGUUUAUAAAACGAGACAAUUGAUCAAAUUAACUCAUUUCUAGAUUGAUCCAUCCAAACGACCCAAAACGACCCAAAGAAAAUCUUAAUCGUCAAAAUUCAAGGUGGCUUACUCGAUCAACAAGUAAAAAAGAGGUACCUAGCUGAGGUAGAGUGCUAGGCCAAAUUCGAGUGAGAAGAGAGGUCAUUGGAUGAUUAUUGGGGGUUACUGGCUUGUUGGAAAUGAAAAAUAAGUACAACUAUAUGAGAAAUGAAGAAUUAGUAAUGAAAUUUUUUUUUAUGGAAGAAUUAGUGAUGAAUUUAGACUCUUAUGAAUUUCAAAAAAUUAUUAAUUGGUUGAUGGAUUUUACUAUGAAUCUUGUUAAAUUGAAUUCAUAAUCCUAGCACUAGGGGCUAAGAUCAUGUGACUAAAUCGAUUUCAGCCAUUUCACCUCAUUAAAAUUUAAUUGCUCAGAUUAAUCCAAAUUAAUGAAGGACAAUAUAGUAAAUAUAUUAUUAUUUAAUUUAUUAAUAUUGUUUAAUUUGUUAAUUAAAAGCAAUUCUUCAUUGUCCCUUCCUCGUCGGUUACAAAAAUAUCCCGACGUCCUUUCUGGCCGCUUCCUCGUCGGCACCGGUUCCUAUCCCUUCCUCCGACGUCCCCUUUUCCAUCCGCGGUCCGGGGAUUGGUAAAGUUAUUCCUGGUGGGGUUUUAGCCCACGAUACGUAGAGAGAGAGAGAUUUUGACGAUCGACGAUGGCGGAGGUGGAUUUUCCGUCAUCGGAAAAUUUUCCGACGUCAACGCCAGCUUUGUGGUGUUUGUCGAACUAUUUUGUAAUGUUUGUAUUGUUUAUCAUUCUAGUUUGUCAUUUUUAUCUAUUAUGUUUGUAAUGUUUAUAUGACUAAUUUGUAUGUUGUAAUUUGUAAUGUUUGUUUGUCUAGUUUGUAUACUUUAUGUUAUGAUUUGUAUACUUUGUAUUCAUUGAUUUGUAAAACAAGUUCACUGUUUUGUAUUGUAAGUAGUGGCAUUUGUACUGUUAGUAUGUUUUGUAAUGAUUGUCAAUUUGUUUUUAUAAUGUUUGUAAGCUUUGUUAUUUUUGUAAUGUUUGUUGGUUAUUUUUGUAAUGUUUGUAUGUUUUGUCAUUCUAUUUUGUACUGUUUGUAUGGUUUGUACUGUUUGUAAGUCUGUUUUGUACACUUCGUAUAUUUUCACAAUACCCAAACUAUCCCUAUCAGUAAUUAAAAAGCCCUUCUCAUAUUUUAACCGUUGAAUUACUAUAUCCAGAUCUAAGGAUUAGGAGAGAUUUAGUCAAAUGACUAAACACCCCUUAGUCUUCCUCGUAACACCAGGAUUAUAUUAUUUUACUCAUCUCCUCCUUCGUACUUAGAGUCGCACUAUUGGUCCAUGGUUGUCGUCUUAGGUUCGUCAAUUCAAUAAUUGCUUUGGUUUUGUUUAUGCCUCCUAGCUUUCUUCGAAUAAUCUCCAUAGGAGAAUUUCGAAAGUAGGGAGCUGAAGAUAAUACGUGGCCGUAAACCUUACUAUGCACUUACGAGCUAAUCUCCUCCUCCUCCAUCAUAUUUGACCCAUUGAAACGGUGAUUGUUGCAUGCGUUUUGUCUAUAAGAACUAUAGCAAUGAGCAUACUCCAAUUAGUUGUUCGACUCCUUUGUAUUAGUAUAUAAUCAUAAAACUCCCCAAUGAACUCCACCACCAAACCCUCAUAUACCAUGCGCAGUAAAAAAAAGGAAAAUUAUCAGGUAGCAACUCAUCUAGACAGCAAUACGAAAAGUUGUUCAACCCUUCACUAAUCACUAUAACAGCUGGUUACAAAGAGUUUCGGGAUAUAAGAAAAUAGGACACUCAAUAUCUCUUGAUACAAUCUCGCUAUUUCACUCAAAAGAAAAUCUGCUAUCUACUCGUAAUUGUGAAAAUAUUUCACAACCAAAACCCACGUAAAGAAAUAACUCAUACGCUUAAAAUCAAAGUAAAUAGCUGAAGCAGAGACAAUGAGAUUAAAUUCCCAUAUGAUCACCUCCCAGUCAACAUUACGGGUAUUCAACAAUUUCAUUUUACUGAUCACUACCACCCUCCAUGCUGACUGCAGCGGCGGAUUCAGAACAUAAUAGAGUACUGGACCGCAUUUUAUUAGGAAAUUAGAUACCAUAAAAAGAAUUAUAGUUUUUUUUACAAUAUCAAUUGUACACAUCGAUCUUUUAAUAUAGCGAAUUCAUCAAUAAUGGAGUCUACACCUAUACCAAUAGCAUACUACUCUCUUUCAAAUAAAAUAAUUAACCAUCGGCGAGAAAUUCAUCGCUCAUUUUGUUGCGCAAAUCAUUUUUCAUCUGUUCCAUUUUUGAAAGGUUCUCUCCAUAGUAGCUGCUGAAACGGGCAAUGUCAACACCAGACAAAUCAAUCGACUAAUCAAUUUGUAUUGUGUGUCCAUCUCUAUUUCCAGCAGUUGCUCUAAUAAUUUUUCAAGAGAACAAACCUCAUAUUUCUGUUAGUCUUUUACGUAUUAGACUUUUAGAAUUUUAGGUUCUAUUGUUUGUUUUUAUUUAGACGAGAAUCAUUGGAGCUAGACUUUCUAGACUAAAUUUAGAGUUGUGAUUUGAAUAUAUUCAUGAGACCCAUUUUCCUAAUUACACACUAUUUUAUUAUAAAAUAACACUGAUCCGAAUGGCUAAAAUCGAUAAACUUAUAAUGACUAUACUAGCUCCGGAUCUAGAGGAGGGCUGGGUCAUGACCUGAGGUGGCCACCCCCUGAAUCUGCCACUGGUUGACUGUGUAUUGAGCCGAUGAAAUUUGAUUUGAUUGGUAACAAACAAUUUAAUAAUUUUACAUUUUAAAU